GUCCGGGUUUCUGGUGCCGCUGCGGCGGGGCUUCGGGAAGCCGCCAAGACGGGCAUGAGGGGGCCGGCGCGGCCCGGGCCGGCAGGCUGAUUCUCGAACUCUUCAGUUGCCCCCUAAAUCCAUUCAGAAGUGAAAUGGCGUUUGUUUCAGCCCAAGGGCCCACGGUGGUCGACCAGACCACUUUGAUGAAAAAGUACCUCCAGUUUGUGGCGGCUCUCACUGAUGCGAACACACCCGAUGAAACGAAACUGAAGAUGAUGCAAGAAGUCAGUGAAAACUUUGAGAAUGUAACCUCAUCUCCUCAGUAUUCCACAUUCCUGGAACACAUCAUCCCUCGCUUCCUUACGUUUCUCCAAGACGGGGAAGUCCAGUUCCUGCAGGAAAAACCCGCACAGCAACUGAGAAAAUUAGUUCUGGAAAUAAUCCAUAGAAUACCAACCAAUGAACAUCUGCGCCCUCACACAAAAAAUAUCUUAUCUGUGAUGUUUAGAUUUCUAGAGACUGAAAAUGAAGAAAAUGUUCUUAUUUGCUUGAGGAUAAUCAUUGAACUUCACAAGCAGUUCCGGCCACCAAUCACACAAGAGAUCCAUCACUUCUUGGAUUUUGUGAAACAGAUUUAUAAGGAACUACCAAAAGUAGUGAAUCGAUACUUCGAGAACCCGCAGGUCGUUCCCGAGAACACCGUCCCUACCCCAGAAAUGGUGGGCUUGAUCACGACAAUUGUAGUGAAAGUAAAUCCGGAGAGAGAUGACAGCGAGACCAGAUCGCACGCAGUCAUUCCUCGUGGCUCGCUUUCUUUGAAAGUUUUAGCAGAACUUCCCAUAAUUGUCGUCCUCAUGUAUCAGCUCUACAAACUGAAUAUUCACAACGUGGUAGCAGAAUUUGUGCCCUUGAUCAUGAAUACUAUAAUUAUUCAGGUGUCCAACCAAGCCAGGCAGAAUAAAAAUUACAAUAAGGAAUUAUACGCCGACUUCAUUGCUGCGCAGAUCAAAACAUUGUCGUUCCUGGCUUACAUUAUAAGAAUUUAUCAGGAGCUGGUGGCUAAGUAUUCUCAGCAAAUGGUGAAAGGAAUGUUGCAGUUACUGUCCAACUGUCCAGCCGAAACAGCUCACCUGAGGAAGGAACUUCUCAUUGCGGCCAAACAUAUUCUCACCACGGACCUGAGGAGCCAGUUUAUCCCGUGCAUGGACAAAUUGUUUGAUGAAUCCAUACUCAUAGGCUCCGGCUACACGGCCCGUGAAACUCUCAGGCCCCUUGCGUACAGCACCCUGGCCGAUCUGGUCCACCAUGUCCGCCAGCAUCUGCCCCUCAGCGAUCUCUCCCUGGCCGUCCAGCUCUUUGCCAAGAAUAUUGACGACGAGUCCUUGCCCAGCAGCAUCCAGACGAUGUCGUGCAAGCUUUUGUUAAACCUGGUGGACUGCAUUCGGUCCAAGAGCGAACAGGAAAACGGAAACGGCAGAGACAUCCUCAUGCGGAUGUUGGAGGUUUUUGUCUUGAAAUUUCACACCAUUGCCCGUUAUCAACUUUCCGUUAUCUUUAAAAAGUGCAAACCACAGUCAGAGCUGGGGGCAGGAGAAGCAGCUUUAUCUGGUGCGCCAGCAGGGGGAAACACAAUUCCGGUCACGGUGCCCUCGCCUGCCCCCACCACCCCUGUAGUCCCUGCUUCAGGACCUGUCUUUGAGAAGCAAGGGGAGAAGGAGAAGGAAGACAAACAGACCUUUCAAGUCACCGACUGUCGAAGCCUGGUGAAGACCUUAGUCUGUGGCGUCAAGACCAUUACGUGGGGCAUCACGUCUUGUAAAGCUCCUGGGGAAGCCCAGUUCAUUCCUAAUAAGCAGCUGCAACCUAAAGAGACCCAGAUCUAUAUAAAAUUGGUCAAAUAUGCCAUGCAAGCGUUGGACAUUUAUCAGGUCCAAAUAGCUGGAAACGGGCAGACGUACAUUCGAGUUGCCAACUGCCAGACGGUCAGAAUGAAGGAGGAGAAGGAGGUCCUGGAGCACUUUGCCGGCGUCUUCACCAUGAUGAAUCCUCUGACGUUUAAAGAAAUCUUCCAGACAUCUGUCCCUUACAUGGUUGAGAGAAUCUCCAAGAACUAUGCCCUUCAGAUCGUCGCAAAUUCUUUCUUGGCCAAUCCUACGACUUCAGCUUUGUUUGCCACCAUCCUGGUGGAGUACCUGCUGGACCGUUUGCCUGAGAUGGGCUCCAACGUGGAGCUGUCCAACCUUUACCUCAAACUGUUCAAGCUGGUCUUCGGCUCGGUUUCGCUCUUCGCCGCCGAAAACGAGCAGAUGCUGAAGCCACAUCUACACAAGAUAGUGAACAGCUCCAUGGAACUUGCACAGACAGCAAAGGAACCCUACAAUUACUUCUUGCUUCUCAGAGCCCUUUUCCGAUCUAUCGGAGGAGGAAGCCAUGACCUCUUGUAUCAGGAAUUCUUGCCCUUGUUACCUAACUUACUACAAGGUCUUAACAUGCUUCAAAGUGGCUUGCACAAGCAGCACAUGAAGGAUUUGUUUGUUGAGCUUUGCUUGACUGUCCCAGUUCGCCUCAGCUCCCUCCUUCCCUAUCUACCGAUGCUGAUGGAUCCUUUGGUAUCAGCUUUAAAUGGAUCCCAGACGCUGGUUAGCCAGGGUCUGCGCACUCUGGAGCUGUGUGUAGAUAAUCUGCAGCCAGAUUUCCUGUACGAUCAUAUUCAACCCGUCCGAGCUGAACUGAUGCAGGCUCUGUGGAGGACGCUGCGCAAUCCUGCAGAGACGAUUUCUCAUGUGGCUUAUCGUGUGCUCGGCAAAUUUGGUGGGAGCAACAGGAAAAUGCUGAAGGAGUCACAGAAAUUGCACUACGUGGUGACCGAGAUUCAGGGGCCCAGUAUUACGGCAGAGUUCUCUGACUGUAAAGCAUCAAUUCAGCUCCCCAUGGAGAAGGCCAUCGAGACUGCCUUGGACUGCUUGAAGAGCGCAAACACGGAGCCCUACUAUCGGAGACAAGCUUGGGAAGUCAUCAAAUGCUUCCUGGUUGCCAUGAUGAGCCUAGAUGACAACAAGCAUGCUUUGUAUCAGCUUCUGGCACAUCCCAACUUUACUGAGAAGUCAAUUCCCAGCGUGAUCAUUUCCCACCGGUACAAGGCCCAGGACACGCCUGCCCGCAAAACCUUUGAGCAGGCCCUGACAGGGGCCUUCAUGUCAGCGGUGAUCAAAGACCUGCGACCCAGCGCGCUGCCUUUCGUGGCCAGCUUAAUCCGUCAUUACACCAUGGUGGCAGUAGCUCAGCAGUGUGGCCCUUUCCUGCUCCAGUGCUAUCAGGUGGGAAGCCAGCCCAGCACCGCCAUGUUUCACAGCGAAGAGAACGGAUCGAGAGGCAUGGAUCCCUUGGUGCUGAUCGACGCCAUCGCCAUCUGCAUGGCCUAUGAGGAGAAGGAGCUUUGCAAAAUAGGAGAGGUGGCCUUGGCUGUGAUCUUCGAUGUGGCCAGCAUCAUUCUGGGAUCGAAGGAACGGGCGUGCCAGCUGCCCUUGUUUUCCUACAUCGUCGAGCGCCUCUGUGCAUGUUGCUACGAACAAGCCUGGUAUGCUAAGCUGGGCGGGGUGGUGUCGAUCAAGUUCCUCAUGGAGCGCCUGCCCCUCAUUUGGGUCCUCCAGAACCAGCAGACGUUCCUCAAGGCAUUGCUCUUUGUCAUGAUGGACCUGACAGGAGAGGUUUCCAACGGGGCUGUCGCCAUGGCCAAGACAACCCUGGAGCAGCUCUUGAUCCGAUGCGCGACGCUGUUGAAAGAAGAGGAGAAAACGGACGACAUCCUGGCGGCCCAGGAGAAGUCAUUCCACCACGUGACCCACGACCUGGUGCGAGAGGUGACCUCGCCAAACUCCACCGUGAGGAAGCAAGCAAUGCAUUCCCUGCAGGUGGUGGCCCAAGUCACAGGGAAGAGCGUCACUGCCAUCAUGGAGCCUCAUAAAGAGGUUCUCCAGGACAUGGUUCCUCCGAAGAAGCAUUUGCUCCGACACCAGCCUGCAAACGCACAGAUUGGUUUGAUGGAGGGGAAUACAUUUUGCACCACCCUGCAACCUCGACUUUUUACAAUGGACCUUAACGUGGUGGAACACAAAGUAUUUUAUACAGAGCUGCUGAAUCUGUGUGAGGCUGAAGACUGUGCCUUGAUGAAAUUGCCCUGUUACAAGAGUCUUCCCUCUUUGGUGCCCCUUCGAAUUGCAGCCCUGAAUGCCUUGGCCGCCUGCAACUACUUACCCCAGUCCCGAGAGAAAAUCAUUGGUGCUCUCUUCAAAGCCCUCAAUUCGACAAACAACGAGCUUCAGGAGGCCGGCGAGGCAUGCAUGCGGAAGUUUUUGGAAGGUGCAACUAUUGAAGUGGACCAGAUUCACACCCACAUGAGGCCGUUGCUAAUGAUGCUGGGCGACUAUCGAAGUUUGACCCUAAACGUGGUGAACAGGCUGACGUCGGUGACGAGGCUCUUCCCCAACUCCUUUAACGAUAAAUUUUGUGACCAGAUGAUGCAACACUUGCGUAAAUGGAUGGAAGUGGUGGUCCUUACCCAUAAAGGAGGACAGAGGAGUGAUGGCAACGACAGUAUUGCGGAGUGCAGGAAAUGUUCCUUGUCUCCAUUCGGUCAGUUUGAGGAAAUGAAGAUUUGCUCAGCAAUUAUAAACCUAUUUCAUCUGAUCCCGGCCGCUCCACAGACGCUCGUCAAACCCUUGCUGGAAGUGGUGAUGAAAACGGAACGGGCCAUGUUGAUUGAGGCUGGCAGCCCCUUCCGCGAACCAUUAAUCAAAUUUCUGACGCGUCACCCAUCUCAGACGGUCGAGCUCUUUAUGAUGGAAGCGACCUUAAAUGAUCCACAGUGGAGCAGGAUGUUCAUGAGUUUUUUAAAACACAAAGAUGCCAAGCCUUUGCGGGAUGUCCUGGCGGCAAAUCCCAGCCGUUUCAUCACGUUACUCUUACCUGGCGGUACCCAGACAGCUGUUCGGCCUGGCUCCCCCAGCACCAGCACCAUGCGCCUUGAUCUCCAGUUUCAAGCUAUUAAGAUCAUAAGUAUUAUUGUUAAGAAUGAUGAAUGCUGGGUGGCCAACCAACAUUCUUUGGUGAGCCAACUGAGGCGAGUGUGGGUCAGCGACGCUUUCCAGGAGAGGCACCGGAAGGAGAACAUGGCGGCCACAAACUGGAAGGAACCCAAACUUCUGGCCUAUUGCUUACUGAAUUAUUGCAAGAGGAAUUACAACGAUAUCGAACUGCUUUUCCAGCUUCUCCGGGCCUUCACUGGCCGAUUCCUCUGCAACAUGACGUUUUUGAAGGAAUACAUGGAAGAAGAGCUUCCCAAAAACUACACCAUUGCCCAGAAGCGGGCCCUGUUCUUCCGGUUUGUUGACUUCAGCGAUCUCAACUUCGGCGAUGAGCUGAAAGCCAAGGUUUUGCAGUACAUUCUGAAUCCUGCUUUCUUGCACAGCUUUGAAAAGGGGGAAGGGGAACAGCUUCUGGGACCCCCCAACCCUGAAGGCGAUAACCCUGAAAGUAUCACCAGCGUAUUCAUAACGAAGGUUCUUGAUCCAGAAAAGCAAGCUGACAUGCUGGAUUCGCUCCGGAUUUACCUCCUGCAGUUUGCCACCUUGCUGGUUGAGCACGCACCGCACCACAUUCACGACAACAACAAAAACCGGAACAGCAAACUCCGCCGCCUUAUGACCUUUGCUUGGCCCUGUUUGCUCUCCAAAGCCUGCGUCGACCCAGCCUGCAAAUAUAGUGGGCACUUGCUCCUUGCACACAUCAUUGCCAAAUUUGCCAUUCACAAAAAGAUUGUCUUACAGGUGUUCCACAGUCUCUUGAAGGCUCAUGCAAUGGAGGCUCGGAUCAUCGUAAGACAAGCCAUGGCUAUUUUGACACCUGCAGUGCCUGCCCGAAUGGAGGAUGGCCACCAGAUGCUGACUCACUGGACAAGGAAGAUCAUAGUUGAGGAAGGCCAUACUGUCCCUCAGCUGGUUCAUAUCUUGCACUUGAUAGUUCAGCACUUCAAGGUGUACUACCCGGUGAGGCACCAUUUAGUGCAACACAUGGUGAGCGCCAUGCAAAGGUUGGGCUUCACGCCCAGCGUGACCAUCGAGCAGAGGAAACUGGCGGUGGAUCUAGCCGAAGUGAUCAUCAAGUGGGAAUUGCAGCGCAUCAGAGAUCAGCAGCCGGAUUCAGAUAUGGAUCAAGGUGCCAGCGGUGAGGGUGUGAGCACGGCCUCAUCUGGGGUGAAAAGAGGGCUCUCUGUGGAUUCCGGUCAGGAAGUGAAGCGGUUCCGAACGGCGACGGGGGCAAUCAGUGCAGUGUUUGGACGCAGCCAAUCUCUUUCCGGAGCGGACACCCUCUUUUCCAAGUCUAUUGACAAGCAACACACCGACACGGUGAUCAAUUUCCUCAUCAGAAUUGCCUGCCAGGUAAAUGACAACUCAAACACUGCCGGCUCUCCAGGAGAAAUGCUCUCUCGGCGCUGUGUUAACCUUCUGAAGACAGCUUUACGGCCAGACAUGUGGCCAAAAUCAGAGCUGAAACUGCAGUGGUUUGAUAAGCUUCUAAUGACCGUGGAACAGCCCAACCAAGCCAACUUUGCCAAUAUCUGCACCGGAUUGGAAGUUCUCAGCUUUUUGCUCACUGUGCUCCAGUCUUCAGUUAUCUUGAGUAGCUUCAAACCGCUGCAGCGGGGAAUAGCCUCUUGCAUGACGUGUGGAAACACCAAGGUUCUGCGAGCUGUCCACACACUCCUUUCUCGCUUAAUGAGCAACUUCCCUACCGAACCAAGCACUUCAAGUGUUGCGUCCAAAUACGAGGAACUGGAAUGUCUCUAUGCUGCUGUUGGGAAGGUUAUUUAUGAAGGACUUACCAACUAUGAAAAAGCUGCUAGUGCUAACCCUUCUCAGCUUUUUGGGACCUUAAUGAUUCUGAAAUCUGCAUGCAGCAACAAUCCCAGUUAUAUAGACAGGCUUAUUUCAGUCUUCAUGAGAUCGCUCCAGAAGAUGGUGAGGGAGCAUUUAAACCAGCAGUCGCAAGCAGGAACAGUAGAAGCCAAUACAGCUGGCACCAGCGAGUUGGUUAUGCUGAGUUUGGACUUGGUGAAAACCCGCCUAGCUAUGAUGAGCAUGGAAAUGAGGAAGAACUUCAUUCAAGCCAUUCUGACCUCGCUCAUUGAAAAAUCGAACGAUGCCAAAAUCCUUCGUGCUGUGGUCAAAAUUGUGGAAGAGUGGGUAAAAAACAGCUCUUCGAUGGCAGCUAACCAGAUCCCAACGCCCCGAGAGAAGUCCAUUUUGCUGGUAAAAAUGAUGACCUACAUUGAAAAACGUUUUCCAGAGGACCUUGAAUUAAACGCUCAGUUCUUGGACCUUGUUAACUAUGUCUAUAGGGAUGAAAAUCUUUCAGGUAGCGAGCUCACCGCUAAACUCGAACCAGCCUUUCUCUCUGGCCUCCGAUGCACCCAGCCUCUCAUCAGGGCUAAAUUUUUUGAGGUGUUUGACAACUCCAUGAAGCGCCGGGUCUACGAGCGACUGCUGUACAUAACCUGUUCUCAAAACUGGGAAGCGAUGGGGAACCAUUUUUGGAUCAAGCAGUGCAUUGAGCUCCUGCUGGCGGUCUGUGAAAGAAACACAAUAAUUGGGACAAGCUGUCAAGGAGCCACACUUCCCUCCAUCACAAAUGUUAUUAACUUGGCUGAUAGCCACGACCGGGCGGCCUUUGCCAUGGUGACGCACGUCAAGCAAGAACCUCGUGAGAGAGAAAACAGUGAAUCGAAAGAAGAGGAUGUCGAGAUAGACAUCGAGCUGGCUCCCGGAGAUCAGACAAGCACACCCAAGACCAAAGAGCUCUCUGAAAAGGACAUUGGUAACCAGCUGCACAUGUUAACCAACCGGCACGAUAAAUUCCUGGACUCUCUGCGCGAGGUGAAGACUGGAGCCCUGCUAAGUGCCUUCGUACAGCUUUGUCACAUUUCCACCCCCUUGGCUGAGAAAACGUGGAUCCAGCUGUUUUCCAGAUUGUGGAAAAUUCUUUCAGACAGACAGCAGCAUGCUCUCGCCGGUGAAAUAAGUCCUUUCUUGUGCAGCGGAAGCCACCAGGUCCAGCGCGACUGCCAGCCGAGCGCGCUGAACUGUUUUGUGGAAGCCAUGUCGCAGUGCGUGCCCCCCAUCCCGAUCAGGCCCUGCGUGCUGAAGUACCUGGGGAAAACUCACAACCUCUGGUUCCGCUCAACCCUGAUGCUGGAACACCAGGCCUUUGAGAAAGGCCUCAGUCUGCAGAUAAAACCAAAGCAGACCACGGAAUUUUACGAGCAGGAGAGCAUCACUCCGCCCCAACAGGAAAUCCUGGACUCGCUGGCCGAGCUGUAUUGCUUGCUGCAAGAGGAAGACAUGUGGGCUGGACUGUGGCAGAAACGUUGUAAAUUUCCAGAGACGGCAACCGCAAUUGCUUAUGAACAACAUGGCUUCUUCGAGCAGGCUCAGGAAACCUAUGAAAAAGCGAUGGAGAAAGCUAAGAAAGAACAUGAAAGAAGUAAUGCCUCUCCUGCUAUUUUUCCUGAGUAUCAGCUCUGGGAAGACCAUUGGAUUCGGUGUUCCAAGGAAUUGAAUCAGUGGGAAGCACUAACGGAAUAUGGCCAGUCCAAGGGUCACAUAAACCCUUACCUGGUUCUGGAGUGUGCAUGGCGUGUCUCCAACUGGACAGCCAUGAAAGAAGCCCUGGUCCAGGUGGAGCUGAGUUGUCCUAAAGAGAUGGCAUGGAAAGUCAACAUGUAUCGGGGUUAUUUGGCCAUUUGCCACCCUGACGAACAGCAGCUUAACUUCAUUGAGCGCCUGGUGGAAAUGGCCAGCGGGCUGGCUAUCCGGGAGUGGCGAAGGCUUCCGCAGGUGGUUUCCCACGUCCACACGCCACUUCUUCAGGCUGCCCAGCAGAUCAUUGAACUUCAAGAAGCUGCCCAAAUCAAUGCAGGGCUGCAGCCGGCCAAUCUCGGGCGGAACAACAGCCUGCACGACAUGAAAACCGUGGUGAAGACCUGGCGGAACAGGCUGCCCAUCGUGUCAGAUGACUUGUCUCACUGGAGCAGCAUCUUCAUGUGGCGGCAGCAUCAUUAUCAAGCCAUCGUAAGUGCCUAUGAGAACAGUACUCAACAUGAUCCUAGUUCCAACAAUGCCAUGCUGGGAGUCCACGCAUCGGCCUCAGCGAUUAUCCAGUACGGCAAGAUUGCUCGGAAACAGGGUCUGGUCAACGUAGCCUUGGACAUCUUGAGCCGCAUUCACACCAUUCCAACUGUGCCCAUUGUGGAUUGCUUCCAGAAGAUUCGGCAGCAAGUCAAAUGCUACCUCCAGCUUGCUGGUGUGAUGGGCAAAAACGAAUGCAUGCAGGGCCUGGAAGUGAUCGAGUCCACAAAUCUGAAGUAUUUCACCAAGGAAAUGACUGCUGAGUUCUACGCAUUGAAGGGGAUGUUUUUAGCUCAGAUUAACAAGUCUGAAGAGGCCAACAAGGCUUUCUCGGCAGCAGUGCAGAUGCAUGAUGUGUUAGUGAAGGCCUGGGCCAUGUGGGGCGAUUACCUGGAGAACAUCUUUGUGAAGGAGCGUCAGCUGCACCUCGGGGUGUCGGCGCUUACUUGCUACCUGCAUGCCUGCCGGCACCAGAAUGAAAGCAAAUCCCGGAAGUAUUUAGCAAAGGUUCUUUGGCUCCUGAGCUUUGAUGAUGACAAGAAUACCCUGGCUGAUGCUGUGGACAAGUACUGCAUCGGAGUCCCGCCCAUCCAAUGGCUGGCUUGGAUCCCACAGCUCUUAACCUGCUUGGUUGGAUCAGAAGGAAAACUCCUCUUGAACCUUAUUAGUCAGGUUGGACGUGUCUACCCCCAGGCGGUUUACUUCCCCAUCCGAACCCUCUAUUUGACAUUGAAGAUAGAACAACGAGAGCGUUACAAAAGCGAUUCUGGGCAGCAACAGCCGAGUUCCGUCGGAAACCAGUCGCAUUCCGCUUCUGACCCCGGGCCGAUCCGAGCGACUGCCCCGAUGUGGCGAUGCAGCCGGAUCAUGCACAUGCAACGGGAAUUGCACCCAACGCUCCUCUCGUCUCUGGAAGGGAUUGUGGAUCAGAUGGUCUGGUUCCGAGAAAACUGGCACGAGGAGGUUCUCCGGCAGCUUCAGCAAGGCCUCGCCAAGUGCUAUUCUGUCGCCUUUGAGAAGAGCGGGGCCGUUUCGGAUGCCAAAAUCACACCCCACACCCUGAAUUUUGUCAAGAAGCUGGUCAGCACCUUCGGAGUGGGCCUCGAGAACGUCUCCAACGUGUCCACCAUGUUCUCUAGCGCCGCUUCUGAAUCACUAGCCAGGAGGGCCCAGGCCACAGCCCAGGAUCCUGUCUUUCAGAAACUGAAAGGGCAGUUCACAACAGAUUUUGACUUCAGCGUGCCGGGCUCCAUGAAACUCCACAAUCUCAUUUCUAAGCUGAAGAAGUGGAUCAAAAUCCUCGAGGCCAAAACCAAGCAGCUGCCCAAAUUUUUUCUCAUUGAGGAAAAGUGCCGUUUCCUCAGCAACUUCUCUGCCCAAACUGCCGAGGUGGAAAUUCCUGGGGAGUUCCUCAUGCCAAAGCCGACGCACUACUAUAUCAAAAUUGCAAGAUUUAUGCCCAGAGUGGAGAUAGUACAGAAACAUAACACGGCAGCCCGAAGACUCUAUAUCCGAGGCCAUAAUGGAAAGAUUUAUCCAUAUCUUGUAAUGAAUGACGCUUGCUUGACCGAGUCGCGUAGAGAGGAGCGAGUGUUGCAGCUUCUCCGCCUCCUGAACCCUUGUUUAGAAAAGAGAAAAGAAACCACAAAGAGGCACCUUUUCUUCACUGUUCCCCGAGUUGUGGCUGUCUCUCCCCAGAUGCGCCUGGUAGAAGACAACCCCUCUUCUCUCUCCCUGGUGGAGAUCUACAAGCAGCGCUGCGCCAAGAAGGGCAUUGAGCAUGACAGCCCAAUUUCUCGCUACUAUGACCGGCUGGCGACCGUCCAGGCACGAGGAACCCAGGCCAGUCACCAGGUCCUCCGGGAUAUUCUGAAAGAAGUUCAGGGCAACAUGGUGCCACGCAGCAUGCUGAAGGAGUGGGCCCUGCACACGUUCCCCAAUGCUACCGACUACUGGACGUUCCGGAAGAUGUUCACGAUCCAGUUGGCGUUGAUCGGUUUUGCGGAAUUUGUCUUCCAUUUGAACCGGCUGAACCCUGAGAUGCUGCAGAUUGCUCAGGAUACGGGCAAAUUAAAUGUGGCCUAUUUCCGCUUCGACAUCAACGAUGCCACUGGGGAUCUGGACGCCAACCGUCCUGUCCCGUUCCGGCUCACCCCAAACAUUUCUGAGUUCCUCACCACCAUCGGGGUCUCCGGCCCACUCACCGCAUCCAUGAUUGCCGUGGCUCGCUGUUUCGCUCAGCCAAACUUCAAGGUUGACGGCAUCCUAAAAACAGUGCUGCGCGAUGAAACCAUUGCUUGGCACAAGAAGACCCAGGAGGACACGUCCUCUCCUCUCUCGGCAGCCGGGCAGCCCGAGAACAUGGACAGCCAACAGCUGGUUUCCCUGGUCCAGAAAGCCGUGACGGCCAUCAUGACGCGGCUCCAUAACUUGGCUCAGUUUGAAGGUGGGGAGAGCAAAGUCAACACUCUGGUUGCGGCAGCUAAUAGCUUAGACAACCUCUGUCGCAUGGACCCAGCCUGGCAUCCAUGGCUGUAGGUGUCACGAAGACUUGGAUAACGGCAAAGCCAGUUGGGACAGGCUUUGAUGAGACAGGAAGAGAACCUUCACCCCCAUCAUGGAUGGCUUCUUCACCCAUCCCGGCCCUGAUGUUUGCAGCAUGAUUGUGUUUCCAGAAACUGUUCUGUUUUCAGACUCUCAAAAUUGCUUUUCCCUUCCUCGUUGUGCUGGCAUCACUCCAUUCUGGGGGAUCAUGAAAAGGGUGAGAUUCAAACUUUGCACGUAGAACCAUCUUGUUUUAUGUGGUGAGCAAGAAGAGUGAAGGCGUUAGUGAGAGCAUUGAGACUUGCAUAGGAAUACUGGUCAACCUUUUUUUUAAAGAAGUGCUUUGAAGAAUUAUCCCCUACGUUGUGGCUCUUGGUGUGCAAAGUUUUUUUUGCAAGGUUUUUCUUUUCUUUUUUUAAUCGCUUACUUUCGGGUUGAAACAAAGACUGCUGAAAGGUCAUUUUAAUCCAAUCAAAAAAAGUACGCGAAUGUGUGGAAUUGUACAGCAAUUUUGUAAGAAAGAUGUACAGGAAAUCACUCUUGUUUUUAUUGGUGGUGUUACUGUUUUGUUUGCUGGUUGGUUAAAAAAAAUGAUCAAGUUGUGCUAAUUUUUUUUUUUCCCUGCAGAGCAUUAUAUAGUGAAAGUGGACUCAUUUCUGAAUUCUGGGUUGGUAAAUCCCUUAUGCCUAAGAGGAACAUUAUAAAACAGAAAUUGUCAUCCGUUAAAAUAAGUAUUUGGAGGUAACCUAUUCACAUCAAAUCCAAAAGCUCUUGAAAACCCGGUGAUCUUGUUUUGUUUUGUUUUGAGCUCUGACACAUUUAAAUGUAUUAUCAUUAGGUAACUUCCUGAGGAACUGUUUUUUAGUUUUAGCCGUGUAAUUUAAAAGAAGAGAGAGAGAAAUUGCUUUAAUGGGUCCAUGUUAGCGUUUUUUAUGAACCAUGCAAUAUUGAGAAUGUUCUAGUUCAAAUUUGUAUGGAGUGAACUUUUUUCAGAAUAAAUAUUUUCUAAAAUGCCA